AUGGAAGCAGAAAGAAGAUCCAAAGUGAACUCCAAAAAGCACUUUCCCUCUCUUCCCCCAUAUCUCUCUCUCUCCCUUCACGUGCCAAUCAUCCACCCGUCACGUGACUCCUUCCCCGCCCCACUCUGCAGCUGCAGCAGCAGCUCUUCAUCACUCUCACAACAACAAUCAAUCAUCUCAGUCACUCCCAAAAUCCCCAAUUUUUACUCCCCACCAGAAACCCUAGAUUUUGUGCCUGUAAAUUCGCUAGAUAGCUGUGCGUUUGCUUGAAUGUGGUUGCAGUGAAGAUGGGCUGUCUUCAGUCCAAAACUGCCAAUGUUCAAUCUCCCGACCAGGAGCCUCCGCAGCCGGACCCGAAAUCAGAUCUAGCAAAUGGAGACCAAGUGGAUCAAGAUCAAGUUCCAGCAUUCAAGGAAUUCGGUCUUGCCGAGCUUCGUGCGGCAACAAAUGGAUUCAGCAGCGAUCUGAUUGUUUCUGAGAGUGGAGAGAAAGCUCCAAACAUUGUUUACAGAGGCAAGCUUCGAAGUAACAGGCUGGUCGCCAUUAAGCGCUUCUCGAAUCAGUCAUGGCCUGACCCUCAGCAGUUUGUGGCGGAAGCAGCUGGAGUCGGCAAGGUUAGGCAUAAAAGACUGGUGAACUUAAUCGGAUAUUGUGCUGAGGGAGAUGAACGCCUGUUAGUAGCUGAGUACAUGCCCAAUGACACGCUUUCAAAGCACCUCUUUCAUUGGGAUAAACAACCUCUUCCUUGGGAAAUGCGAGUGAGAGUUGCGGACCACAUAGCGCAAGCUCUUGACCAGUGCAACACUGACAACAGGAAAAUUUAUCAUGACUUGAAUGCUUACCGAGUUCUUUUUGAUGAGGUUGGAGAUCCGAGGCUCUCUAGUUUUGGCCUGAUGAAAAACAGUCGGGACGGGAAGAGUUAUAGUACUAAUUUGGCAUACACUCCCCCGGAGUUCUUGCGAACAGGUAGGGUCAUUCCGGAGAGUGUGAUAUACAGCUACGGAACUGUUCUUCUGGAUCUUUUGAGUGGAAAACAUAUCCCACCAAGUCAUGCUUUGGAUCUGAUAAGAGGGAAAAAUGUGUUGUUGCUGAUGGAUUCCUCGCUCGAAGGACAAUAUGCUAACGAAGAUGCGACGGCAUUGGUUGAACUUGCAUCGAAAUGCCUCCAGUAUGAAGCAAGAGAUAGGCCGGGCAUCAAUUUUCUUCUUACUGCAGUAGCACCCCUUCAAAAACAAAAGGAGGUUGCAUCACAUGUCUUGAUGGGCCUAACAAAAACCCCUGUGGUUCUGCCCACCAUGCUUUCGCCUCUCGGGAAGGCAUGCGCAAGGAUGGAUCUUACUGCAGUGCAUGACAUCUUGCUGAAAACGGGGUAUAAAGACGAAGAAGGUCCAGAAAAUGAGCUUUCGUUCCAAGAGUGGACACAGCAGGUACAGGAUAUGCUGAACACAAAAAAAUUUGGAGACAUCGCGUUUAGGGACAAGGAUUUCAAGAGCGCAAUCGACUACUAUUCUAAGCUGGUGUCGAUGAUGUCUGCUCCAUCGAGCACGGUAAUCGUGAGACGAGCACUUUCCUACUUGAUGAUUGGUCAACCCGAGCUGGCACUGAGAGAUGCAAUGCAAGCUCAAGUGUGCUUGCCCGAGUGGCCAACCGCAUUCUACAUGCAGGCACUCGCACUUUCGAAGCUCGGGAUGGAGACAGACGCGCAAGACAUGCUCAACGAUGGAGCUUCGUUCGAAGCCAAGAAGCAAAACAGCUGGCGCAAUUAAGGUACACACUCGAAUUAGAUUAGAUUUGAUCUGCGUACUUGAUGUGCCAGAUUUGAUGUGGGUAGAGCGAACUGCAUGGUUUCAAUUUACGCUCUUGAUCGAUGUAGUAUGUAGUUCAAAUGGCUUCUAUAUACACACAUAUAUAUAUAUAUAUGCGCGAAUGGAAUGUAUAAAUGUAUCUGUAUUUGAUUAGGGCUAAUUUAUGGAUGAGUUGGUAUGCAACUUCCAUUGGGAGGAUAUGUAAUUUGGUAUUUUAUCUUGAAUAGAUUGUUGUAUGUUCAAUGCGCGGUAAAAAAGCCUAUGAAGGCCGGGUUUAUGCUACUA